GGAUAGGGUAUUGAUGACAAGUGAGAUGAUCGAAAUCGGUGGAGAAUGGGUGCAAUAGGGUUUAAAGAGAACUAUUUCAGAUUAUUGUGUGAUUGUUAUGAAAACCAGAGCAACAGAUUGGGGUCCUAAACCAUUUAGGGUACUUGAUGUUUGGCAACAGCAUCUAGAUUUUAAGAGGGUGGUUGAGGAAAAGUGGAAUGGGAUGGCAGUGGAUGGGUUUGCAGGUUAUAGAUGUAAACAGAAAUUGAAGAUGUUGAAAGAAAUUUUGUGGGAAUGGAACAAAGGGGUAUUUAGGGAUAUAAAGGCUCAUUUUGAAAAGGCAGCAGCUAAAGUUGAAUGUGUGGACAUGAAGAAUGAAGAAUUUACACUAGAAGAAGAUGAGUUGCAUGAAAGACAUGAGGGGCUUUCAUGUGAUGGACAAUGGGUGGAGGAGCUAGAGUUGAUAUCUAAGGAGAUGAAGGUAUGGUUAGAAAGACCAUUUUCGGUAGAAGAAAUUGAAGAUGGAUUGAAGAGUUGUGAGGGGAAUAAAGCACCAAGAUCGGAUGGAUACAACUUCAAUUUUAUCAAAUUUGCUUGGAACAGCUUGAAGGAGGAUUUUGUGAGUUUCUUUAGGGAGUUUCAUCAACACGGCAGAGGAUGGAUAAAGGAGUGUCUUUCAACAACCAAAAUCUCAGUUCUAGUGAAUGGAAGCCCAACCGAGGAGUUUAUGAUGGGAAAAGGAUUAAGGCAAGGUCAUCCUUUAUCUCCUUUUCUCUUUCUGAUGAUUGCCGAGGGGUUACAUGGUUUAGUCAAAAAAGCUGAGACAAAGGGACUGAUACAUGGAAUCGAAGUGGGCAACAAGGGAUUGACUAUUUCAUUGCUCCAAUUUGCAGAUGAUAUGUUGGGAAUGCUUGUGGGUGGAAAUCCUGGGACUAAGAAGUUGUGGGACCCAAUUAUAAAUAAAUUUCAAACCAAGCUUGCCGUCUGGAAAUCUGCUUUGUUGCCCUUUGGAGGUCGCGUCACUUUACUUAAUUCGAGGAAGAUUCCAUGGGUUAGCUAUGAGAUGGUAUGUUGUAGUAAGGAGAAGGGUGGCUUAGGAGUCAUGGAUUUAAGGAGGAGGAAUUGGGCAUUGUUAGGGAAGUGGUGGUUUAGGUUAGGUGAUGGUGGGGGUUUAUGGUGGAAUAUUGAAUGGAGAAGAGGGAGGUUGGGUCGAGAAAGGGGUGAGGAUGUGGUGCUAUGGGAGGUGCUAAGUAGAGUACAAAUCACAGAAGGCCUUGAAGAUUGUUGGAAGUGGAUGCAUGAUGCAGAAGGGAGGUAUGUAGUGAGGAAGGCUUAUGAGUUUCUGACACCGAUGGAGUUCCUUCUUCUUGAUCAAAUUUAAUGUGUUGUUGCCAUAAGGAAGCAUAGAAGAAUGUUGAGGGCAUUUCAUAAGCAUAAAAAUGGAGAGCAUGAUGAGCAGUGAGACUAGAAUGAUUUUGUUUUACGUGUUUGCUGGAAAUACUUUGUUUUAGUUAGACUAUUUUAACUGUUUGUAUUUGAGUUGGAGUAGUCCUUGUACUAUGUAUAAUUAAAUCUCAUUUAUUUUG